UCCUUAUCUUCUACUACCUGAUUGAGUACUUCCACAGCCAUGCCGUUCUCUUCGCCCUUCCCUGCGCUGGACAUGCCAAAAUGUAACUUGCUCGAUUACCUGUUUCCGAGAGGUAGUACAGCCUUCAGACACGCCCCUUGUGGAUCGACUCGGCAGAUAUCAAUCACCACCCUUACGCCGCGGACCCUUCUGCAAUGGACCAAGCGGCUCGCCCUAGGCUUAGAUCGUAUAGGAAGCAAGCCUGGGGAGGUGGUUAUGAUUCUCACGCCAAACCACAUCUUUGUUCCAGUUGCAUAUUUAGGAAUCGUUGGAUCGAAACGCAUCUUCAGCGGUGCAAAUCCUGCUUACACAGUGUCCGAGAUGAUACAUCAAGUCACCAAUACAGAAGCACAAUUCAUUCUUGCACAUCCAUCACUGGCCACAACUGCAUUGGCAGCAGCGAAAGGAGCUGGUCUUCCAACCGGUCGCGUCUUCAUGUUCUCUGAUGAGCUCAAUGCGCCCUACGAAGGCUGUCAGGACUGGCGAAGUUUCUUACCUUCCGAGGCCGAGGGAGACGCAUAUUCGUUUCCGGUAUUAUCGGCGAAGGAAGCGGUGACCACGACAGCAACAGUCAAUUUCUCGUCAGGAACUACUGGGAUGCCCAAAGGUGUCGAGGUCAGCCACCACAACAUCAUCGCUAACCUUGAUCAAACAAUAUUCAUGCGCUAUCUUAACAAACCAUGGAAAGCAGAUACACGACCACGAGAGACAUGGAUAGGCUUUCUGCCACUGUAUCAUGCAUACGGGCAGCUUUACACCAUCGCUAUGGCGCAGAAACUACAGAUUCCGGUCUAUAUCAUGAAAAAGUUCGAAUAUGAGCCAUUCCUACGCACGAUCCAGGAUCAGAAGGUUACUCACCUUCAAAUUGCGCCGCCCAUCAUGGUCAUGCUCAGCAAAAGACCAGAGACCGCAAAGUACGACUUAAGCAGCGUCACCGAUAUUUUGUGUGGUGCAGCACCACUGUCCAAAGAGCUCCAGAACGAAAUUAGCAGGAAGUUGGAUUGCGAGAUUGUCCAAGGCUGGGGCAUGACUGAGGUUACAUGCGGGGCAAUACAUGUUCCUGGGGGCACUGUUGAUGACUCUGGAAGUGUUGGGCAGUUGGAUCCAAAUUGCGAAUGUAUGCUACUCGACGACGACGGCAAGGAGGUACCCGACGGCCAACCGGGUGAGCUUCAUGUACGGGGUCCAAAUAUAUGUCUAGGAUACUGGAGAAACCCAGCCGCGACGAAAGAGUCGAUAACGUCUGAUGGCUGGCUGAAGUCCGGAGAUGUGGCCAUCGUGAAGAACGGCUGGUUUUGGAUCGUUGACCGAAAGAAGGAGCUCAUCAAAGUCAAUGCGCUUCAAGUCGCACCAGCAGAGCUCGAAGCUGUAUUACUAGAAUUCGAUCCUAUUGCCGACGCUGCGGCUGUCGGUAUCACACUUGAUGGGCAGGAAUGGCCAAGGGCCUAUGUGGCUUUGAAAGAUGAUUUCAAGGGCAAGACUACCGAAGAGGACAUUCAUGCGCACAUGAAAAUUAAGGUUGCCAAGCAUAAGCAACUGGUGGGUGGCAUUGUAUUCGUAGACGAGGUGCCAAAGCUGCAAAGUGGGAAGAUCAUGAGGAAGGUGAUCAAGGACUGGGCAAAGCGGGAUGCAGAGAAGAUGAAUGAAGGGUUCAAGGCGAAGCUGUAG